CCUGGGCCUCGGGAGGAGGAGCAGCGGCGGAUUCCGGCAGAUUCGGUCGGGCGCCGCGCUCAGGCCAGGAGUGGUCGCUGAGGGUCUCCGCCGGCUGUGUCCGCCUCUCGUCUCCCGUCGUCUCUGUCCGGCUGUCGAACCUCGAGCAGGAUGAAGCUGAAGGAGGUAGAUCGUACGGCCAUGCAGGCGUGGAGCCCUGCCCACAAUCACCCCAUUUACCUAGCUACAGGAACAUCUGCUCAGCAAUUAGAUGCAACAUUUAGUACCAAUGCUUCCCUUGAGAUAUUUGAAUUAGACCUUUCUGACCCAUCCUUGGAUAUGAAAUCCUGUGCUACUUUCUCUUCCUCUCACAGGUACCACAAGUUAAUUUGGGGGCCUCAUAAGAUGGAUUCCAAAGGAGAAGUCUCUGGAGUUUUGAUUGCAGGUGGUGAAAAUGGAAAUAUUAUUCUUUAUGAUCCUUCUAAAAUUAUAGCUGGAGACAAGGACGUUGUGAUUGCCCAGAAUGACAAGCACACUGGCCCAGUGAGAGCCCUGGAUGUGAACACUUUCCAGACGAAUCUUGUUGCCUCUGGUGCUAAUGAGUCUGAAAUCUACAUUUGGGAUCUCAACAAUUUUGCAGCUCCAAUGACUCCAGGAGCCAAAACACAGCCCCCAGAAGAUGUCAGCUGCACUGCAUGGAACAGACAAGUUCAGCAUAUUUUAGCAUCAGCCAGUCCCAGUGGCCGGGCGACAGUAUGGGAUCUUAGGAAAAAUGAACCGAUCAUCAAAGUCAGUGACCAUAGUAACAGGAUGCAUUGCUCCGGGUUGGCGUGGCACCCUGAGAUUGCUACUCAGAUGGUCCUUGCCUCUGAGGAUGACAGGCUACCUGUGAUCCAGAUGUGGGAUCUGCGAUUCGCCUCCUCUCCACUUCGCGUCCUGGAAAACCAUGCCAGGGGAAUUUUGGCAAUUGCUUGGAGCAUGGCUGAUCCUGAAUUGUUACUGAGCUGUGGAAAGGAUGCUAAGAUUCUCUGCUCCAACCCAAACACAGGAGAGGUGUUAUAUGAACUUCCCACCAAUACACAGUGGUGCUUUGACAUUCAGUGGUGUCCCCGCAAUCCUGCUGUCUUAUCAGCCGCCUCGUUUGAUGGACGUAUCAGUGUUUACUCUAUCAUGGGAGGAAGCACAGAUACUUUGAGGCAGAAACAAGUUGACAAGCUGUCGUCAUCUUUUGGGAAUCUGGAUCCUUUUGGCACAGGACAGCCGCUCCCCCCGUUACAGAUUCCCCAGCAGAGCACCCAGCACAGCAUAGUGUUACCUCUGAAGAAGCCUCCCAAGUGGAUCCGAAGGCCUGUCGGGGCUUCUUUUUCUUUUGGAGGCAAGCUGGUUACAUUCGAGAAUGUCCGAGUGCAGUCUCCACAGGGGGCUGAGCAGCAGCUGCAGCAGCAGCAGGUCUUCAUCAGUCAGGUUGUAACAGAAAAGGAAUUCCUCAGCCGGUCAGACCAGCUUCAGCAGGUUGUACAGUCUCAAGGAUUUAUCAGCUAUUGCCAGAAGAAAAUUGAUGCCUCCCAGACUGAGUUUGAGAAGAAUGUGUGGUCCUUUUUGAAGGUGAACUUUGAGGAUGAUUCUCGUGGAAAAUAUCUUGAACUUCUGGGAUACAGAAAGGAAGAUUUGAGAAAGAAGAUUGCUUUGGCCUUGAACAAAGUGGAUGGAACUGAUGUGGCUCUUACAGACUCUGGCCCAGGAGCACAGAGUGAUGGGGAGGAAAGCCCUGCUGCCGAGGAGCAGCUCUUGGCAGAGCGUAAUAAAGAGGAAACACAAGAGUCUGAAUUUCUGCCCUCAGCUGGAGGAACAUUUAAUAUCUCCGUCAGUGGGGAUAUUGAUGGUCUAAUUACUCGAGCUUUGCUGACGGGGAAUUUUGAGAGUGCUGUUGACCUUUGUUUACAUGACAACCGUAUGGCUGAUGCCAUUAUAUUGGCCAUAGCAGGUGGAAAAGAACUUUUGGCUCGAACACAGAGAAAAUACUUUGCCAAAUCCCAAAGCAAAAUUACCAGGCUCAUCACUGCAGUAGUGAUGAAGAACUGGAAAGAGAUUGUAGAGUCUUGUGACCUUAAGAAUUGGAGAGAGGCAUUAGCUGCAGUGUUGACUUACGCAAAACCAGAUGAGUUCUCAGCCCUUUGUGAUCUUUUGGGAACGAGGCUUGAAAGGGAAGGAGAUAGUCUCCUGCAGACACAGGCUUGUCUCUGCUAUAUCUGUGCUGGGAAUGUUGAGAAGCUAGUUUCGUGUUGGACCAAAGCUCAAGAUGGAAGCAGUUCUCUGUCCCUUCAGGAUCUAAUUGAGAAAGUUGUCAUUCUGCGAAAGGCUGUACAACUCACCCAAGCCAUGGACACUAAUUCUGUGGGGGUUCUGCUGGCUGAGAAGAUGAGUCAGUAUGCCAACUUGCUGGCUGCCCAGGGCAGUAUUACUGCAGCGUUGGCUUUUCUUCCCGACAACACCAACCAGCCAAAUAUUGUGCAGCUGCGUGACCGACUUCGUCGAGCACAAGGAGAGCCUUUAUCAGUGCAAGAAUCAGCUAAAGUUCCUUAUGAGAGGCAGCCAGUGUCCAAGGGCAGGCCUGGGCCGAUUGCUGGCCACCCACAGAUGCCAAGAAUGCAAGCUCAGCAAUAUUAUCCCCAUGGAGAAAAUCCUCCACCUCCAGGUUUCAUAAUGCAUGGAAAUAUUAACCCAAAUGCUGCCACUCCGCUUCCCCCAUCUACGGGUCAUAUGCAUGGCCAGGUACCACCUUAUCCGCAGCCACAGCCUUAUCAACCAGCCCAGCAGUAUCCCUUCGGAACAGGGGGGUCAGCACUGUAUCGACCUCAGCAGCCUGUUGCUCCUCCUGCCUCAAACGCUUACCCUAACACCCCUUACAUCUCUUCUGCUUCUUCCUAUUCUGGGCAGUCUCAGCUCUAUGCAGCACAGCACCAGGCCUCCUCACCUACCUCCAGCCCUGCUGCUUCUCUCCCUCCUCCCCCUUCCUCUGGAGCAUCCUUCCAGCAUGGCGGGCCAGGAGCUCCACCGUCAUCUGCAGCUUAUGCACUGCCCCCUGGAACAACAGGUACACUGCCUGCUGCCAGUGAGCUGCCUGCGUCCCAGAGAACAGAAAUUCAGUUUAUCCAAGACCAGGCAUUUAUGUUGGAAGGUCCACAGAAUGGGUGGAAUGACCCUCCAGCUUUGAACAGAGUACCCAAGAAGAAGAAGAUGCCCGAGAACUUCACGCCUCCAGUUCCCAUCACGUCGCCAAUCAUGAACCCCUUGGGUGACCCCCAGUCACAGAUGCUGCAGCAACAAACUCCAGCUCCAAUACCACCAUCGAAUCAAGCUUCAUUCCCACAGCCACACCUUCCAGGUGGCCAGCCUUUCCAUGGCAUGCAACAGCCUCUUGGCCAAGCAAGUAUGCCACCAUCUUUCUCCAAGCCCAAUUUGGAAGGUGCCCCAGGGGCUCCUAUUGGAAAUACUGUCCAGCAUGUGCAGUCUUUGCCCACAGAAAAAAUCACUAAGAAACCCAUCCCUGACGAGCACCUCAUUCUGAAGACCACGUUCGAGGAGCUUAUUCAGCGCUGCCUCUCUUCGGCCACGGAUCCUCAAACCAAGAGGAAGCUAGAUGAUGCCAGCAAACGUCUGGAGUUUCUAUAUGAUAAACUUAGGGAACAAACACUGUCACCGACGAUCAUCAAUGGUUUACACAACAUUGCCAGGAGCAUUGAAACGCGGAACUACUCCGAAGGAUUGGCCAUCCACACGCACAUCGUCAGCACCAGCAACUUCAGUGAGACCUCCGCCUUCAUGCCAGUUCUCAAAGUUGUCCUCACCCAGGCCAAUAAGCUGGGUGUCUGAAGGGACAACUUCAUCUCCCCACCAAUAUUGCCAUUUUUUCCAAAGAAACGUGUUCUAGAGAAAUUGUAUGACAUGGACCAAUCCUCAUUAGCAUGUUUCCAUAGCAACCAGUGAAGAGCAGUUCCAUGGUUCCUACAGCUGUACUCACUUUACACUGCUCAAAACCCUAGUGCCUCCUUUUGUUGUAACUUUCUGUUGCACAUCUUGAUUUUCUUGUUCUGCAAAUAGUGUAUUUCCUGGAUUACACACAGUAUGGUUUUCCAGGUAUUCUGAUAAAUAUGAUUUUUAAAACCUCAGUUUACUUUUUAGAAAAACUGCAUAUGGUUAUGCAUAAAGCAGAAUGAAAGCUAAAUUUCUUCCAUGUCUUCUCUACUUCCUCUAUGUCAAUCAAAUUAAAGUGUAUACUCCUGUU